CGCUGUCCAUUUUGUUUUGUUUAUUUGGCAAAAGCUGAAGUGAAGAUCAUAAAUUUCUUGCUUGUUGUAAUAUGCCUAUUGAUUUUAACAAAGAUGGCAAAAGUCUAGAGCAGCAGGUCGCUGGUUUGGACUUGAAGUCUUCUGAAAAUAGGGGAAGACAAGAGCCAGGUGUAAAGUACGUUCCACCACACUUGAGAAAUCAAACAAGCAGCAAACAACCGCUUGCAGAAUCAAAACCUGAUUCCAAUUCUUCUGAUGCAAGUAAUGGCCCAAAAGGCAAAGAUUAUAGUGGCGAUUUAAAUUUCAAAAGAAGCAACUCUCACAUUGAGGAAUCAGAUUGCAACAGACGACCAGGAGGAUAUUCUAGUCAAAAUUUGAACAGAGGUUAUAGAGGAGGUUCAUACGAUGGUGACGGAGCGAACAAUGGCAACAAUUACAUUUCCAGAUCAACAAACAACAGAGAUCAGGGUGGUGGUCCUAACAGGAGAUGGAAUGAUAGAAAUGAUUCCAGGUUUUUAAGUUAUGAGGAGAACCGAGGUUCUCGUGGGAAUUACAACUCAAACAGAGAUGAUACGAGCAAAAGUAGAUGGGACACUUUGACGUCUGAAAGUGCAAAUGAUGGAGGAAAUCGUCGGUGGGGUGGAGGUGGCGGUGCAGGUGGAAACAGACAUGGAGGAGGUAAAUGGAACAGGUAUGACGAGGAUUCCAACGCUGAUUGGUCCAAGCCGCUCAAGAGAAAUGAAAAAAUUGAGAAUGAGUUGUUUGGCAGCUGCAACACGGGCAUCAACUUUGACAAGUAUGAGGACAUCCCUGUUGAAGCCACAGGUCGUGACUGCCCCAAUCCCAUCAACUCUUUCUCAGAGAUCGAAAUGGGUGAGAUAAUAGAGUACAACAUUUCACUGUGCAAGUACGAUAGGCCUACUCCUGUUCAGAAAUAUUCUAUUCCAGUUGUUUUGAAUAAAAGGGAUCUAAUGGCCUGUGCUCAAACAGGAUCUGGCAAGACAGCAGCUUUCUUGGUGCCCAUAUUGAGUCAGAUAUACAGUGGAGGACCUCCCCCUCCAAGGCAACAGCCGCAGGUGGGAAGAUUUAAGAAUGAUCGUCAAUUUCCCAUUGCUCUGGUACUUGCUCCAACAAGAGAGCUGGCAUCACAAAUAUACGAUGAAGCUAGGAAGUUUGCUUAUCGUUCUCACAUUCGUCCGUGUGUCGUGUAUGGAGGAGCUGACAUUGGUGAACAAAUCCGUGACUUGAGCAGAGGUUGUCAUUUGCUGGUGGCAACUCCCGGCAGAUUGGUGGAUAUGAUGGAAAGGGGUAGAAUUGCUGUUGACAAUGUAAGGUUCUUGGUCUUGGAUGAGGCAGAUCGCAUGUUAGACAUGGGUUUUGAACCUCAGAUCAGAAGGAUUGUUGAAAAAGAUUCCAUGCCUACAACAGGAGAGAGACAAACUCUCAUGUUCAGUGCCACUUUCCCCAAAGAAAUUCAGAUGCUUGCCAAAGACUUUCUGCAUGAUUAUAUAUUUUUGGCUGUAGGGAGAGUGGGCAGUACCAGUGAAAACAUCACCCAGAAGGUGGUUUGGGUAGAGGAAGAAGAAAAGAGAUCUUCCUUGCUCGAUCUCAUUGCCUCCAAUGGACCAGAUGCACUGACCUUGGUUUUUGUAGAGACCAAAAAAGGUGCGGAUGCACUUGAUUAUUUUCUGUACAAGGAAGGCUUUCCAUCCACAAGUAUCCAUGGAGACCGUACUCAGCAGGAGAGGGAAGAUGCUUUGAGAGAUUUUAGGGAUGGCAGGACUCCGAUACUUGUCGCCACGGCUGUUGCAGCUCGAGGUCUUGAUAUUCCCCACGUGAAGCAUGUCAUUAAUUUUGACUUGCCAAGUGACAUCGAGGAAUAUGUCCACAGGAUCGGACGUACUGGGAGAGUGGGCAACCUUGGCCUGGCAACUUCGUUCUUCAAUGAGAAAAAUAAAAACAUACUAAAGGAUUUGCUGGACAUUCUGGUUGAGGCUCAUCAGGAAGUACCACCCUGGUUGGAAUCACUUGCUUACGAAUCUAGAUAUUCAUCUUCUGGAAAUAGAAGACCUCCCAAUAAAAAGUAUUUAGUAAAAAUUGCUUAUCUGAGGUUUUUAAAAACCUCUUAUUUGCAUUUUUGA